AAAAAGUAUAAGCAGAGUAUCUAUGAACAUUCGUCUCAUCGUUGAGGCCAAACUACCCGGGCUAAUACGCUUUCCAUAUGAUUCAGAGUAAUGUUAUUAUGUAUACAAUAAGUGGAAAUAGUAAAUAAAGAUAAAGUUGUAUUUUACGUAUUUUGUAAAUUGUAACUUUGUGAUUGUGAAAGUGUGAUAGAACUAGUGAAAAUGGAGAAUAUUAAGGAUAUGAGUGAAGAACAAUUACUGGAAGGAAUUUCAUUUCAUUCUCAACAAAUAACAAACUUCAACAAUGAAUUGUGGAGGAGAAAGCGUGAAUCGAUUGAAAGUGCUUCGAGUUCUUCCGUGUCAAUUGGUGCCCCCUCUCCCAAAACCAUGCGAGUCAGACGAAUUCAAGAUGAAGAUUCGGACACUGAUUUGGAGACUGAUUUGGAGACUGUGAAAAACAAAGGUCCAAUAUCUGUAAGGAGAACUGUGAAAUUCCAUGACCAGAACGAGGAUUGUAAACUGUGUCCAUUAUUCCAUGAUGAUGAUACUCCAAUUAAAAACAAAUUAUAUCCGAGUCGUCCACUUACGUUUAAGGAAGGGACGCCGUUCGAUUGCACCAACAUAAACAAAGGUGUGUAUGCCACCAUUUGCAUUAACCCAAACUGCAAAUUUGCAACCGACGGACAUCCGAAUGUCAUUUAUUUCGGGAGGAGUGAUGAUCUAAAGAUCCGUUUGGCACACGAUCAUCUGCGCCAUGUGGAAACUGCGCAACUACAGUUUCUACAAGAUGGUAAACAUGGUGCCACGGGAAUGGACUCACACUUUGUUGGAGCUUGCUACGGGUACAUGAGGUUUUUGAUUCUUCAAAGAAUAGAUAAGAGAAAACAACAAGAGAGUAAGUCAUCCUUACUAUGUUCUACAGGCAUCCUUAUGAAUGUGAUUCAAUCUGUGUCAUUUUUCUAUGCAGAAAAAGAAACAAGAUACAUGCACCGCUUUGGUACUCUGAAUCCAGCUAUUGGCAUGAAUGGAGCUGUCAGUUACUCCCCACAUCCAGCAAGACAAGUCGUUACCUCAGACAAAUUUGAGUUCAGACGUUAUUCUAAAGGAGGAAAACGACAAUUAGUGCCAGAGAUCGAUUGGCAACUAAUUGUUGCAGCAGCAAUUUUGCAUGAGGAUUCAAAGUUUAAUAAACUAAAAAACCAGGCCACUACAGCACAAAUAUGUGACUAUAUUGUAGAAUUCUUCCCACACUAUGCAGCAAAAUCUAGUAACAUCGUCGAUACUUUUCGCAACCGUUUGAAUGACAUGUUGAAACCAAACAAACCGACACAUUCAGAAACAAUUUAUGCAAAAUGGUUUAUGAAAGCACAAGUAGGAGUCAACCGGCAAACACCAUCCAUUUUUGCAUUGAACGACCCCUCGUCCAUCACACAACUGGUGGAAAAAGGUGUAGCUGACCUCAAAAAGUGGGAGGCUAUCCAAGCAGAAAAAGAGGAAUCAUCGUCAUCCUCAACAACUAGCAGAUCUACUCGAAAAUCAUAUAAAGAGGAUAGUGCAGAUGAUGUGGACAGUGAAUAAAACUUGUUUGUCUUUCAAAUGCCGAAAUAAAUCUUUCAAUGUAAUCUUAAAAUCACCAAAAAA